AUGCCCUACGCCGGAACUCCUCCUCCUCCUCCAACAGAGGAAAAGGUCUCUCAGAUUCUCUCAAUCAUCUCAGCAUAUCGCCACCGCUCUUCCAAUGUGGCGGAUCGUUUUUCUGAAUUUGUUCCCACUCUAGAGAAGCAACUCUCGGACACUGUCUCGAAGGGGGAGACAGUCCGAUUCAUUCUUCCAGCCUUCCCCUUCAAGGCACCCGCGGAGGGCAACAAGCGCAAGACUCUUGGCUCUUUACCAGACAAGGCAGAGGAGAUUGCUCUGAAGACCCUCGACGGAUUUGCGGAUUCCAUCGCUGAGAUCUACGAGGGUGGUGCUACUGUUGUGCUGGUCUCGGAUGCGUCUGUGUACGGAGAUCUUUUGAAGAUUUCCGAUGCCGAUGCCUUUGCCUACCAUCAGGAGUUGAAGAAGCUCGCUUCGUCUCUCGAGCUCACCCAUCUUGAAUUUGUGCGCCCCGGCGAACUCGCUGGCGUGGUUCCUGAGUCGGCCAAGACCAUUGAGGAGUAUUCCGCCCAUGUCUCCAAGACCCGUAUGCUUCUUGAUGGCUCCUUGGCUCAGUCAGUCGACCCCACCGAAGAUGAGAAUGUGCAGGCUACCAGCAGGCACUACGACACGGCACUGCCUCAGUCCGACGACCCCGAAGCUUUCAAGGCUGCGAUGCUCAAGCGGGGAAAGGCCUAUGCCAAGCUGAUUGCCUCAUCGGCCGAGUCGUCCAUUCGGCUGUCCAUCCACGAGUCCAACAAUGUCGGUAAAGUGACUCUCGACCUGUUCCCCCCAGCGACCAACCCGGACUUCAUCACUCCCUGGCACGGCGCUGUGGCGGUCCUCGCCGACGCCAGCGUGCGCAUUGUCGAUGCCUCCACUGUCGACAUGAAUAAAUUCGAGGUUGUCCGAAACCAGGAGGGCCGCCCUUGGCUCCUCCGCGAGAAGUGCGACCUCUUCGACUGGUUCGGCAUGGAAGUCGAUUUCGAGCCUCUCUUCCCCUGCGGUAUGCUCGUCCGUCCCCGACACGGAUACGGCCCCUACAAGUUCGAGGAUGUCGACAUGAAGCGUGUUCGCCGCCUCGCUCUAUCCUCCGCUCCGCUCCUCCUUCGCGGCUUCACCAUGGAGAUCGAGAAGGAGGUCUUCCGCCAAAAGGCCCGCGAGCUGGGUGAGAUCCAGAUGUGGCCGUUCGGCGACAUUCUCGAGGUUCGCGAGAACGCCGACUUCAACAUGAACAACGUGCUCACCCGCGAGGCCAUGCCAUUCCACUACGACGGCGUCUUCAAGACCGUCCAGGACGAGAAGACAGGCGAAUGGAUCUCCGUGCCGCCUCUUUUCCAGAUGUUCCGAAACCGCGCCGCCUCCCAGUCCAAGGGUGGAUUGACUCUUUUCUCGUCAUCGCGCAACCUGAUCCCCCUGCUUGGCCCGGACAGCAUUCCACUGGAGGAACUUCGCCAGCUCAAGUGGAAGACCUUCACCGCCGUCAACGAGGCAUUCGGUGGCCACGAGCUCCAGCUGCCCUUCAUCAUCACCCACCCGGAGUCCCACGUUGACACCUUCCGCUUCCACGAGCCCUGGCCCGAGAGCAAGUGCAUUGCCGGCAGCAGUGAGCCGACGAUCGUGCAGGUGGUGGGCUGGCCCCAGGGCAAGAGCGACGCGCUUUGCGAGAAGCUCACCCGACUCCUGUAUGAUCGCCGCGUGGCCUACCGUCACCAGUGGAACGCAGGAGAUUUCAUCUUCAACGACAACGCCAUGACUCACCACACUCGCACGGCGUUUGAGGAUGGCCACCGUGAGCACUGGCGAGUGCAUGUGAGCUAA